AUGUUCUACCUGUGCCUCAUUCCGGCCUCACACUUGGCUCGCACGUUCCAGAUGGGUCAAGAUGAUGAUGAUGAUUCGGAUGAUGAUGAUGAUGAUGAUGAUGAUGAUGACGAUGAUGAUAACGAUUUGAAUCUUGUCGUCCCUGAUGAACAUUAUCAUCCGGAUGAUGAUGUCAUUGAUGAUUUUUUCGUCGCUGAUGAUGGUGAUGUUGACGGUGGUGAUGUAUGGAAUGGCGACGAAUUUGACGGUGUGGAUUUUGGUGAUGAUGAUGAGGAGGAACAUUUUUCACAUGGUGACGAUGGAAUUGAUGACGAUAAUGAUAAACCGCAUGAGGUUACUCAUGACGAUGAUUAUGAUGAUGAUGAUGACGGUGAAGAUGAUGUUGAUAAUGAUUCGGACGACGGUGUCUAUAAAGAUGAUGAUUUGGAUGAUGACGAUGAGGAAUCAGACAAUGAUUCGCAUGAGAAUUAUGAUGGAGACAGAAAUCGUGAUUACGAUCAUCUUGAUGAUGAUAAUAAAAAUGGAAAUUAUUCUGAUGGUGAUGACAAUGAGUAUGAUGCGUUCCAUGAUGAUGAUGAUAAUGAUUAUGUUGCUGAUGAAUCGAGUGAUGACGUAUUUGAGGUUAAAGAUGUUGAUAAAGGUUAUGAUGAUGAGGAAGGGUUUUCGGGUGAUGAUGAUGUUGAAUAUGAUGACGACGUUACUGAUGACGAUGGUGGUGAUGAGGAUGAUCAUUAUAAAGAUUAUAUGGAUGUCAAGAGUGAUUCGGAUGAUGAUUUGGAUACCUAA